CGAGGCGAGGCAGUCAGUCGCUCUCAGCUACGACAUGCAUAACGCAUGAGAGAGCCUGAGCGAGAUCUUUCCGAGCCGUUUUCGUCUCUACUCUCUCGCGCGCGCGCGCGCACGUACACACAGUCUCCUCUCUCUCUCUCUCUCUCUCUCUCUCAUCCUCUCUCGCGCCGCACACUCGCACGAGAGACAUCGCGCGAGGAAAACACGCACACGCGCAACACACACGAGACACACGUACACGUACACACAUACACAAGACACACACGCACACGCGCGCGCACAAGCAAGAAGACACCUCGCCGUGAAUCGGCUUCAUACUCUCCUCCCGUGAUCGUGCUCGUCCGCGUCGUCAUCGUACUCCCGUCUUUGCGGAACGACGGGAUACCCUCGAGUUCUCGGUCGCGAGUGUCGUCUUCGUGAUCGUGGUCGUCGUCGCCUUCGUGGUCGUGCGUUCGAUGUACGCGAACGACGAUACCGUGUCACGGCGUUCAGUGAUCGGUCGCGAGUGAUACAAGAUCCUCCUGUUGCCUCGUCGGCGGAUCGAGGAGCACCGGCCUCAGUUGAACGGUGGCUUCAGUUGAACGGUGUGGCAAGUUGAACGACGACGGAUUCGGAUGCUCGUGCGGAGCAACCGAUCUUGGACGCGGUUGUGUCGAAAGCGUUGAAACGCUUGAGUGGACGGAGGGAGGAUAUUAUUCCCUCCCCUGUGGAAGAAAAGAAUACAGCGUCGUUUCGAUCGUCGUCCCUCCAUCGUCGAUCCAUCCUCCGCGGCCCUCGAAAAGUAUGGACGAAUCGGUCGCCGCGCGUUCCACGAUGCCUCUCGCUCGGUGCGAUUUGGUGCGUAGCCGCGAACGAUGGACUGUGCGUUAAACCGGGAUCCGAUCUGAAAUCGGUGCGAGAUCGGUGUGAUACCGAUUACGGAUUAUACAGAUCGCGGGCAAGUCGCGAACGGCGAGGGCGAGUCGGUGUUCCAAGUUGAACGGACGCUUUCUUCGCGUUCGAACGAGAGUAUUCGCGGUCGAGAUACACGGGAAGAGGAAUAGUAAGGAAGGAAGAGGAGGAGGAGGAAGAAGAAGAGGAGGAAGAAGAGGAGGAAGAAGAGGAGGAAGAAGAAGAGGAAGAAGAGGAGGAGGCGGAGGGAGAAAGGAAAAGGAGAGAAAGCGCGAAAGUGGAAAAAGGGAGAAGUGGAAAGGAAGCGGGGAAAAGGGUGCCCUUAGAGGGCAGCCCGAAAGGGGAUCGGAGAUAGGAAGGAAAAUCGAGGUGUGGACGAGCGGAAGUAGAUGGCCGCUACCACGUACAUGCCGAUUAGUAGCGCAGUGUCGUCCGAGCUGGAUGGUGGUUCGGGUACCGCGAUCGGGAUGAAUAUCGCUGUGGGUGGCUACUCCUCGGGCUCGCCUCGCAGCGCCGCCGACGCCGGGGAGAUGAAAUACAUGCCGGCGCCGCAACAUCAUCACCAUCAUCAUCAUCAUCACCAGGUGACGUCGUCCCCGUCGCCGAACGGCCUCUCGCACCCGUCGCCAGCGAGCCUCUCGUCGGCGAAUCCCUGGGUGAGCCUGCAGCCGAGCAGCGACCAUUGGGCGGCCUCGAUGGGUAUGCACCACACCAGCCACCAUCCGCAUCACCAUCCGCACCAGGCGAACGUGGCCGGGCUGGACGUGAAACCGUCGAUCGCGGCCGCGGCGGCGACCGCGGCGGCGGCGGCGGCCGCCGCCAACGAUCAGUCGAUGCAUCACCGCGGAGGGCCUCACCAAUCGCCCGGGAUGGCCUCUCCGCACUCGAGUUGGCACGCGCCCGUCGUACCCUCGGCCCAUUACAACCCGAGCGGUGGCGCGGCCUCGCCCACCACCCUCCAACAGUACCACGCGGCGAUGAACGGGAUGCUGCACCCGCACCAUCCCCAACACCAUCCCCAACUUCACAAUCACCAGACGGGACUGCACCCGAACCUGAGGGAUCCGGGCUCGCCGGUCGGCCACUCGCUUCACCCGGGCCACGCGCACGACAGGGAUCAGAGCGCCGGGGAGGAGGACACCCCGACCUCGGACGACCUCGAGGCGUUCGCGAGACAGUUCAAGCAACGCCGGAUCAAGCUCGGUUUCACCCAGGCGGACGUGGGCCUCGCGCUCGGCACCCUUUACGGGAACGUGUUCUCCCAGACGACGAUAUGCAGGUUCGAGGCCCUCCAGUUGAGCUUCAAGAACAUGUGCAAGUUGAAGCCGCUUCUUCAGAAGUGGCUCGAGGAGGCGGACUCGACGACCGGCUCGCCGACGAGUAUAGACAAGAUAGCCGCCCAGGGGAGGAAACGGAAGAAGAGGACCUCGAUCGAGGUUUCGGUGAAGGGGGCCCUCGAGCAACAUUUCCACAAACAGCCGAAACCCUCCGCGCAGGAGAUCACCACCCUCGCGGACAGCCUCCAGUUGGAGAAGGAGGUGGUCAGAGUGUGGUUCUGCAACCGACGGCAAAAGGAGAAGAGGAUGACGCCGCCGAACACGCUCGGCGACGGGAUCAUAGAGGGCGUGCCGCCUGGCCACCAAAGCCAGCCUGGCCUCCACCAGGGCUACCAUCCCCAGGACCACCUUCACGGAUCGCCCAUGGGCCACAGCCACAGCCCCCCCAUGCUCAGCCCCCAGGGCCUCACCGCGCACUCGUUGGCGGCUCACUAGCGUUCGCCCGGGCCUCCCCCGUUGGGCCUUUCGAUAACUUCCCAAAACUCGGCGAACAAUCCGGUUUCCUCGCCACCGGAAACGCUCCCUCCGUUUUAUCAUCAUUACCUGCAGGCGCGCACCGGCAGCUACUCGACCACCUCGUAGUAGACGUGGCCGGGAACAAGAGAGAGAAAAGAAGGAAAAGAAAGGAUCACAGCCGUCGUGUUGUUUCGCUCCCUAGUCCAACCGACUACUUCGCACGUCGUCGUCGUCGUCGUCGUGAUCGUGCCGCCCUUGCCGAAGGCUCUCUUUCCGUCUCUUGGACGUGCUUCUACAACGGGGAUUACACAACGAGGCCGAGUCGCACGAGAGAAGCCGAUCAACGGGGAGGCUCGUGGUGGCGCGAUCGCGAAACGCGCCCGCCCAAAAAAAGAAAAAGAUAAAUAAAUAAAUAAUAAAUAAGUAAAGAAAGAAAAAACGCUCUUCGAAAUUCGCCGAUCGGCUACGAAUCUCAGGGAUACGCCAACGCCGCAGCCGCAGCCGCAGCCGCCACCGCCGCUGCCGAUCAUCGUCUGUUCGUCGAUCGAAUUCACUCUCUCUCUCUCUUUCUCUCUUCCUUUACCUUUCUCUUUACCUCUUUACCUUUAAUUGAUCGGCCAAUUGUUCGAUCGGGAAACGAAAUCUCGCGGCCGCGAUCGUCUUGUUUCGUUCUUGUUUCGUCGCCGAGUUAUUACGAUCGCGCGAUAUCCCGGUGUUUGAAAGUGCGUACAGUUUCUUCGGUUGCUUCGAUCCGUCCGUCUGUUCGCUCCGGUUCGUUCGUUCGUUUUGUUGAUUGAUUGUUCGAAAGAAGAAGAAGAAGAAGAAGAAGAAGAAGAAGAAGAGGAGGAAGAAGAAGAGGAAGAAGAAGAAGAGGAGGAGGAGGAAGAGGAAGGAGGAGGAUAAAGAGGGACGCUGAGCGUCUAAUCGUGUAAAAUUCGCCGUGAUCGUCGUCGUUGUUGUUCUCGUUUACGACGGUGCAAAAAAAGAGAAAAGAGAAAAUGGUGCGAGGAACGCUGUUGUGCGUACAUGUUGCAUCUACGAACGCGAUCCCGCGUCGCGGAGACCGACGGACGGAUAUGUGGCUACAUGCCCGAGGAAAAUUAAAGGAAACGCAGCCAGAGGCGAAGAGCGGUGUACGUUCGCGUGGGAUUUGUUCGAAGCAAACCCGCCGGAUGAUGUAACAUAAGUAAAUAUGGACUGUAAAUAAUGUACUAGAUAAAGCUAGUAAGUUAAGUGAGAGCGCGCAUCGUCGUCUUCUUCUUCGUCGUCGUCGUCGUCGUCGUCGUCGUCGUCGUCGUCGCCGUCGUCGUCGUCGUCGUCGUCGUCGUCGUCGUCGCCAUCGUCGUCGCCAUCGUCGUCAUCGUUAUCGUCGUUGCCGCCGUCGUCGUCGUCGUCGUCGUCUUCGUCGUCGUCUUCGUCGUCGCCGUCGCCGUCGUCGUGAUGGUGGUGAUGGUCGUCGUGGUCAUCGUCGUCAUCGUCGUCAUCAUCGUCGUCAUCGUCAUCGUCAUCGUCCUCCUCGUCGUCGCCGUCGCCGUCGCCGAUCUCGGACGAGUCGGAUAUUUUCGAUUCGAUCGGAGACGAAGACAAAAAAAAAAAAAAAAAGAAAAGGAGGAGCGUGUGUGGAGCGAGGGAAUAAUGAUGCGGCGCGACCAAGUACAUGAGAGGAGAAAAAAAAAAAAAAAGGAAAAGAAAAAAAAAAGUAAAGACAAACCGAUUGAUUGCAAUCCUGAGAGGGACAGGACACGCGUGAAAAGAACGGGGAAAAGAAACACGCGUGUCGGGAAAGACGUGUGCUGAGAAAGAAUCCUAGCGACAACCAGACAGAACUCCCUUGCAAUGAAAAAACCCCUUCUGUGUAUAAAGACUUACAGAUUCGUCUCGUAUCGUCCUGCUGCAAGCGAUCGUUCCAGUGCCCUGUCGCAGCCAGGCAUCGUGUCAGUGUGGAAAUGCAUAAUUACAAUAGAAUUUACGGUAUAAGUUGUGUUAAAUCAAUGUUAAUCGCUGUAGCGAAGUGGGGUAUUACAAUAAAUACAUUAUUUUAUGUAAAGUGUC